GGAACAUCAGCACAGAUAGCCGCUCGGGCGCUGAUUCAUUUCACCACACACCAGCUCUGGGUGCAAACUCAGAAGGGGUGUUUGGGAAAUUGAAAGGUGUCCUACCUGGGCCAACAAGGACUCCAUCAUCAGAGAGCUCCAAGAAUGGGAAAAUCAGAGAGCCAAAUGGAUAUCAUGGAGAAAAGCACUAAACCGAGGAAGCAUCGCUGGACUGUAGUGGAGAUCGGACUGUCUGUCAUUGUGCUUCUGAUGAGCUGCGCUCUGGCUGGACUCAUAGUGCUCUACACUUCAGCUCUGAGAGAGCGUUUUAACAUAAAUGAAUCUUCAAAAGGGCUGAAUUAUCGAUCAAACGCUGACAGCAAUGUCUGUACAACCCCACAGUGUGUCACUGCUGCAGCCCGACUGCUUCAGAACAUGGACCCUAGCGUGGAGCCGUGCCAGAACUUCUAUCAGUAUGCCUGCGGAGGCUGGAUAGAGCGUCACGUCAUUCCCGAAACCAGCUCACUUCACAGCGUAUUCAAUAUCCUGAGAGAUGAGCUGGAGAUCGUACUCAAGGGAGUUCUGGAGAUGGAAAAUAAGGACGACAGAGAGGCCUUCAAAAAAGCCAAAACGCUCUACAGCUCAUGUAUGAAUGAGAUUCUAAUCGAGCAGCGCGACUCACAGCCUCUCCUCAAGCUCAUUGACAGUAUCGGCGACUGGCCUGUGGCCUCUGAAGUCUGGAACGGCACAUCAGGGCAAAUGUGGAGCCUGGAGGAGACCCUGGCUGUUCUGAAUGCUCGGUACAAUAAGAAGGCUGUACUUGAGAUGUUUGUGUGGCCAGAUGAUCGCGACUCCAGCCGCUACAUCAUUCAUGUUGACCAGCCAGCACUAGGAAUGCCUUCAAGAGAUUAUUACCUCAGCGAUGGGAAUUAUAAAAAGGUGCGCAAGGCCUACCUGGAGUUCAUGGUCUCCAUAGCAAGGAUUGCAAGAGAAGACAGGAACCUGACCCAAGAUGAUGAACGUGUGUGGGAGGACAUGACUCAGGUGCUGGAGCUAGAGACAGACAUUGCGAACGCUACCUCACCCGCAGAAGAGCGCAAUGACAUCACUGUGCUCUACAACAAAAUGACACUGAGAGAAGUGCAGCAAGCUUUCAACCUCAAUGGCUUUAACUGGACGCGCUACAUCCAGGGUAUCAUGUCCAGCGUGUUCGUGACGGUGCAACCAGAUGAACCCAUAGUUGUGUACUGCUCACCUUACCUGGAAAAACUCAGUGAUGUUCUCUCCAAACACAAUCACAGGACUCUGCAGAACUAUCUGGCGUGGAUGCUCAUCAUGGAGAGGGUCAGCAGUAUGAGCCGGCGCUUCAAAGAUGUGAGAGCACACUACAGAAAGGCUUUGCAUGGCACUACAGUAGAGGAGGCGAGGUGGAGAGACUGUGUCCGUUAUGUCCAGGGAAACAUGGAGAAUGCUGUUGGGGCCCUGUAUGUCCGGGAAACCUUCUCUGGAAACAGCAAACGCAUGGUGCGUGAACUGAUCAGAAAGAUUCAGGAAGCUUAUGUGGAGACACUGGAAGAGCUGAGCUGGAUGGAUGAACUGUCCAAGGAGAAGGCAAGAGAGAAGGCUAUGGCGAUAUCGGAACAGAUCGGUUAUCCUGACCACAUCCUUGAGGAGGAAAAUAAAAAGCUGGAUGAGGAAUACAUGCAUCUGAAUUUCAGUGAGGAGAAUUACUUCGAGAACAUUCUGGAAAACCUGGCAGCUUCAGCCCAGAAAGGUCAUAAGAAGUUGAGGGAGCCCGUGGAUCCUGACAUGUGGAUUAUUGGUGCGGCUGUGGUCAACGCAUUCUAUUCACACAACAGAAACCAGAUUGUGUUUCCUGCUGGCAUCCUCCAGCCUCCGUUCUUCAGUGAAAAACAGCUGCAAGCUCUAAACUUUGGUGGAAUUGGCAUGGUUAUAGGACAUGAAAUCACUCAUGGAUUUGAUGAUCACGGCCGUAAUUUUGACAAAGAUGGGAACAUGUACAACUGGUGGAGCAACUACUCUGCCGAGCGCUUUGAGGAUCAAUCUAAAUGCAUGGUGGAACAGUACGGCAAGUUUAGCUGGAAACUCGCAGGAGGCCAAAAUGUCAGUGGCAUUACAACAUUAGGAGAGAAUAUUGCUGACAACGGUGGAGUUCGUCAAGCAUACAAGGCGUAUAUGAAGUGGGUGGAGAGGGAAGGCGAGGAGCCCCGUCUUCCUGGACUGGAUAUGGAUCACAAACAGCUCUUCUUUCUAAACUUUGCCCAGGUCUGGUGUGGCGCCUGUCGUCCGGAGUACGCCAUUCAAUCCAUCAAAACAGACCCACACAGCCCUCUGGAGUACAGGGUUCUAGGUUCCCUCCAGAACUUUGAGGCAUUUUCUGAAGCGUUUCAUUGUACACAAGGAGCUCCUAUGAACCCCGAAGAGAAAUGUCGAGUGUGGUAACCUGCUGCCAGAGAUACGGGAGUCUGUGUAUAUUUUUAAAACUAGGCGACAGUUAGGAGAGCUUGGAUCAUAUUAUGUUGUUCUGUGGCGGCUGCCUGGCUGUGAGUCUGAUGUGACAGACACGACCAAGGUGUGCGACACCUACAUGUAUGACUGCAUAGAUGUCUACUGUGAACUUUAAUGCGCACAUAUAACCAACGAGUGCAGGCGUCGUGAACAUGCACAGUGAGGGUGUUGUUUUCCUGAAAAAGAGGCAUGCUUUUUCAUUGUCUGUUUAAGAGACCUUUAAGCAAGAUUUUGUCCUGUUUGCCUGUUUGCAGGUUUCUUGUGACAUAUUAGCAAUUUUGGCAUUGGAAAACAUGUGCAAACGAAAGAGUUUAAAGACAAGGCUUAUUGACAUCAAAUUAUUUUUCAUGAUUAUGUAAAGGGAUAAAUCCCUCGGUUGGCUUUCGAUUCUGACGGCUCUCCAAGAAGAUAUCCGUUGCGCUUGAGUGAUCCCAAAAUUAGUCAACAACUGAAGGCUUGGAAGCCAAUAGAGAUUGUGGUUUGAAUAGGAACCAGUCGAGGCAUAAGGUUUCAUUUUAUAAUAAGCAGCCUUGAAAAUGGUAUAGGAAAUAUUUUUUUUUCUUUUCUGAAGCAUGCUGCAGUGAGAGGCAAAAGCUGGAGUGCUAUUGAGCACAGUUUUCCCCAAAACAUCCUAAUGUAUGUGGUCUGUGAACUACAUUUCACUGAAGAAUCUUUAAAUGCGAGGGCUUAGCAUUACGUAAAUGGUCCCGUGUUGACAAUUACCUGACAACCUUAAGACUGUUAAAACCAUAUCGCUUCAAGCUUUGUGUGUUUUUGUCCAUAAAUAGCUCAGAUUCAUGGCUGCCUCGCAAUUACGCUAGACUUCUGUUAAAGCCAGCAGAUAAUGGCAGGAAGCCGCUGCAAUACGGGAAUGAAAAAGGUACAACGGGUCACUCAGACUGUUUGUUUGUUUCAUACAAGAUGUUCGUUCUGCCAGGGAACAUUUCUGUACAGUACAUUGUUAUUAAGACAAUGUUUUAGCAUGUUUAGGAGCAAGAAUCAGAUUCUGAGAGAUGUACUAUAGUUAAACCCAAGCAUCUUCAUCUGUUCAGUUUGAGUUUUAUGAAGGAAUCUUAAAAAACAUCAUUGCAGCAUUAAGAGAAAUUAAUUUUUUUUUCAGCAGAACAAGACCAUUUUCUGCAGUAACAGAUUUUGUAAUAAAUAUCUGAUCCUGAAUUAUUUUAGUUUUAAUACUCUAAAACAAUUGUGUUUGCUUAUGCUGUUCAUGUUCAUGUGACAUAACUCUGCUGGAAAAAAUGGGUUAUACCAAGUUUUAGUGAUUAGGUUGUUGGACAAGAUGAUCUACCAGGUCAAAGUUCAGCUGAUGAACCAUCUAGAGUAGCUCAAAACCUAUAAAAAAAAAUUAUAUAUAUAUAUUGAGAGAGACUGUAGCUGGUUUACCAACUCUAACCAGCAUGAAAAUAACCGUUUACCAGCUGAUGAACCAUAUAGCUUGAAUAUAAAUUUUUUUUUUAUAUGGUAAUUGGUGGGAAUGUUCACAUCACAUAACAUAAUCAAAAAGUCAACUUGAUCACUGUGACUUGAUGUAACUUUCUUUUUUUCUUUAGGUUGGCUUUGUUGAUGGUAGCUGGUUUGUUACUGGUCUACUCAUUUUAACCAGCUUGGCCAAGAUGGUAGCUUAAAAGUAGCUUGGAUUUUUUAUAAAAAAUAAAAAAAAACAUCAACUGAUUGUUUUUAUUUUCAGCAGAGCGAACAUGCAAUUUUGUCCAUAAAUGUGGCUUCCAACACCAAAUAUUUUACGUUUACAUUUUUUUAACAUUAUGGUUGGUUUGUUACUGGUCUAACAACUCUAUCCAGCGUGGAAAGUUCUUGAUGAAUCAUCUAGAGUAGCCUGAAACAUUUUAUGUUUACAUUGGUAGAAAUAUUCACAUUACAUGUUGAAAAAGGAAGCCCGCUAAAAAAGGAAAACCAAAAAGAGAAAAAACAGGUUAUACCAAGUUGAAGUGGUCAAGUUACCUUUUUGAACAUGGUAGCUGAUCUACUGACUCUAACCAGCUUGCCCAAGAUGGUCUACCAUGUCAAAGUUCAGCUGAUGAACCAUCUAGUCAAGCAUGAACCUACUCUAAACUCACAUAAACCGUGAUUUUCCAGCAGAUUUUUUUUUCAUAGAAAGAUUUUUUACAUAGCGGUGUCAUAAAACACCAAACACUAAGUGGAUUCGUUAGGCAAAGGUCUGGUUCAAGGAUCUGUGAGCUAGCAUCAUAUCUUGUGAUUUUAUAAAUUGGUCUAAGAUGUGGGCUAAUGGGACGGCAGGGGUUCAUGUGUGAGCUGGAGCGUAGCAGAUGAAGUGACAGCCAGCAGUUGUCUCUCAAAUGGACACUAUAGGGGAGGCGGCCCUCUCGUUACAGAUCCAGUCAAGGCCGGUGACCGUUAUUUUCCAUCUUGAUUAAGCAGUAAUGACAGCAGAAGUAAAGAGCCGAACAGGAUGGAAGAAAAAUGAUAGGAGGAGAUGAUGGAAAAGAUCAAACGGAUGUCAGGCGGCUGCUGUAGGAGAAGAAAUAGAUUGUUGAGUUCUCAGAAAGCUUAGCGGAGUCAAUAUUGGCUUGCUUUGGGUUAUUGAUUAUGACUGUUAUCUCUCACGACAGAGACUUUGAUCAUUUGAAUGUUCAUAUCUGCCUUUAAAGCUUCAUUGCUAGCCAAUCUAAACCUCGACACCACUGUAACGGCACGUACUGUUUGAUGCACGGGAGACAUGUGAUAUAUUGAAUGCAAGCAACUUUGGAUCAAAUUAAACAUUAGAACCUUGGCAGCGGAAAGGAUUUUAUGGUGAUGUAAUGCCAAAAAAAAUAUAAUCCCUGAAUUAUUAGUGCAAGCAUUUUCCAAUGCAACACCCUGCCAGACAAGAAAUGCAGCUCUGCCUCAAUUGAAAUUGGAAGAACUUGAGCUUUAACAAGGUCAGAUACUGGUGUGGAGUACAUUUUAGUGUGAUUAGAAACAAUAAUAAAGCCAAUAAUGCACAUAUGUUAUUCUCUAUAUCUACAAUAUAUAAUAUAGAACAAAGAGAAAUGUGCAGUAUUUAAUUUAUGUAGUUUUCAACAUUGUUUUGGUUUAUUUACUUGCCAGUGAUGUCAUUGCUAAGGCGCAUUAUGGCAAAAGAUCUUUAAAAUAUCAAAACAUAUGCACAUGCAACACCAUCAAUUCCAUAACAGCACGCAUAUAUCAUUUUUAGCUGGCCUUGAGGCUUUUAUUGUAUUGAGAAUCAAUAAAAUGAGUUGUGAUGUGAACUACCUGUUCUUUAUACCACAACAUAUUCGUGCCAAGGAUUGCUGAUGUGCAAAUCUCAUUUUAAAACAGCCAUUUUGUAUCCUGUGAAAUUACAAUAUAAAAUCACCCUCUGUGAUUGUUUAUAGAACUGCCUUGAAGAUAUUUGAGCUGAAGGAAAAAUAAGUACAUAAUAAAAUACCUUGCCAAGUGUGUAUUAUAAAAUAGCAUUUGUGUACAUUCUUAGUGUCUUCAUUGUGUGGUUUUAAAAGUGUUAAAUUAGAAGUAAGCUUAUAAUGAGUAAUUAUAAAGUCAGGAAUCUUUACUUUCUUCUGUGCAUUGUGGGACAAUUCCAAGAACUUGUCAGACACAAGAAUGAUGAUUCACAAUUCAGUUUAGAAACUAUUUACUAUUUUAUUUUUCGAUUCACAGAUGUUUCUCAUGAAAACACGUCCAGGUUACAUUUCGCAAAAAUCAAAAGACAAGAUUAUGGGUGGUUGGCAUAUGUCCAUAAACUUUAUGUAAACUUUGAUUUAUGUUCAAAAUGAAGUCUAUUUUAGAAGCAUUCUUAGAUGUAACUAAAUAAUGACAUGAGUUCCUAAAACGUGACUUUUAAAUACACACACACACACACACACAUACACAUAUAUAUAUAU